GGUCGCACCCGGCGACGUGAGCAAGCUCCUGGCAGACGCUCCAGCUCCGACGGACAAGGGCAAGGACGCUGCAGGCGCGAGCGGAGCCGCAAAGGAGGCCGCCGAAGAAGCAAAGGCUGGCGGCAAGAGGGACAGCAAGAAGAAGCGGCGGUCCAGCAGCAGUAGCAGCCACCCAGCCCGGCGCCACGGGCAGAGGGCGGUCGCUGCCGGCAAGGACCGCAGCAGGUCCCGCGACGCCAGCGCCCCCCGCGGCCGACCGCCCGCCCGCGCGUCGCGGAGCCGCUCCGGCAGGCCGCCGCCCAAGGACAGAAGCCCCUCGGCGCCGCCGCCGCCGCCCCCCUCGCCGCCGCCCCCGCCCAAGAAGGCUGCGGUCUCGAAG